CAAUCAAACAAGAAAAAUCUAAUUAGUUAACAAAAAGAUAAGCAAACCUUCACGUGAUAAAAAGCAAAUCGACGGCUGUUGCACACAAAAAAAAGCUAAUCGACGGCUGAGAUUGUUUCUCCUUCACCUUCCUCAACUAAACCAUCUCACCAGUCACCAGUGUAUAUAACGGCACCGUCUUCACUUCUCUCAAACCCAGCACUACUGCCAUAAAGUCUCGAUCUUUUCUCCAUUCUUUCGACCGUAGAACCAACACUUUGAAGCUCGGAACUCGACCCAUCAAAAAUUAUGCUUCUACGAAGCGCGUCGACUCCACUUCUCAACUCGUUAGUUCAUGUCUCCACUCCAAAGGAAUCACAAAUCGAGACCAUUGAAUCUGUUCACCAGACUCAACGGCCCAGAUCCCUCGUACUCUCUUCACCUUCCUCUUGCUGUUACAGCCCCAUGUCUAUACACUCUAGCGACGAGACCACGCGGAGGGUGAAAAGAACGGCGUCAGAGAGCGAUCUACGACACCUGACGAAGACGAAGCCUCCGUCGAGCAAGUUCUUGAGCGGAGCUGCUCUGAUGGAGGACGUGGAAGAAGGAAUCGGCUUCGGGCUUAUCCGCACGUCUUCUUACGACGGUGGUUUAGCGUUUUGGGCAUUAGAGGAAGAAGCUGAAUUUAGCGGCGGCGGCAGCGGCGGCGGUGGGAUUGUCCACGGCGGAGGAAAGGGCGGAUCCGAUGGUGAAGAUAGCACAGACGUUCAUUAUCUUGGGGGCACGUGCCCCCGUAGCCGUUGUCUUGCGUCCGCCACUGAUCGUAAGAUGAUUGAAGCAACCCCUGGAAACGGGAUGUUUCUUAGCAAUUACGCAAAGUUCUUGAAAGAGGUUCGAAAAGAUUACUUGAGAGCAGAGGAGUAUUGCGGGAGGGCUAUUCUGGUGAAUCCAAACGAUGGGAAUGUUCUGGCUCUGUACGCGGAGUUGGUGUGGAUGGUUCAUAAGGAUUCAUCUCGUGCUGAGUCUUACUUUAACCAAGCCGUAGCAGCUGCUCCUGAUGAUUGUUAUGUACAAGCUUCAUAUGCACGGUUUCUUUGGGAUGCUGACGAGGAAGAAGAAGGUGGAGAGGGGGAGAAGGAAGAGAGGCACGAAGAGGAACUUGUGACUCAAGCUUCUCGAAUGAGUUUCUUCAGCGGUCUUUCUCCAAUUACGGCCGUGUCUUAACUAAAGUGGGAUCGGCGUAUAGAUUUAGAUAAACUGUGUUAUGUGACGUCUAUGAUCUAUCUAACCCUUUUGUUUAUUAUUAAUUCUUUAUUUUUGCUUCGUUUAUAUGUGUGCUUCUUUGCUUCGGUGUUAGAAUUAUCUCAGUUGUGGUAAUAAAUAAAAGUUUUGCUUUUCAUGGAUGU